CUUGUUGUAUAAUAUUGUUUUAUUUUUUCUAUUCAUAUUUUUGAUUCGCUGAUUGAUCAGAAACAAAAUGAAUAACGAGCAACAAAGAAUCGAAGAACUUGCCGUCAACUUAUUUAACAUAAAUGCGGUAAAAUUUGGAGAAUUUGACACGAAAAGCGGUAUAAAAACUCCGGUUUAUUUCGAUUUGAGGGUUAUCGUAAGUUAUCCAGAUGUGAUGGAAUUAAUAUCGGAUCUCAUUUAUGAGUUUGCCUUCAAAGAAAUGGACUGUGUUCAUAUAUGUGGUGUGCCAUAUACGGCAUUACCGAUUGCUACACUGUUAAGUGUGCGUGCUAAAAAAUCUAUGCUCAUGAGGCGCAAGGAAGCCAAGGCAUAUGGAACUAAGAAAAUGAUAGAAGGUCAUUAUGAGGCCGGCCAAUCCUGCCUCAUAAUUGAGGAUGUUAUAACCUCUGGCUCCAGCGUGCUCGAGACUGUAAAAGACUUACGUAAAGAGGGAUUAAAGGCAGACAGAGCGUUAAUAAUACUAGACAGAGAGCAAGGUGGACGUGAAAAUUUGGCUAAAAAUGAUGUACAGAUAAAAUCACUGUUCACUAUGUCAAAAUUAAUAGAGAUAUUAGUGCAAAAAGAAAAGAUAGACAACACAAUGGCUAAUAAAGUAAAAAAAUAUUUAUUAGAGACUCCAGCAGCAGUAAAAAUUGACAGUUUAGAGGACCGUACUCUAUUAACUUAUGAACAGAGAUCAGAGUUAUCCACUAAUACUGUGGCCAAGAGAUUAUUUCACAUUAUGUCUGCGAAGAAAAGUAAUCUCUGUUUAUCGAUUGACUUAACGUCUACUAUAAAAAUAUUAGAUAUGAUAGAAAAAGUUGGUGAGCAUAUAUGUUUAUUGAAGACCCACGCCGAUAUUAUAGAAGAUUUUAACACAGACUUCACCGUGAGUCUUAAAAAUCUAGCAAAGAAGUUCAAUUUUUUGAUUUUGGAAGAUAGAAAAUUUGCAGACAUAGGAAAUACUGUAGCUCUGCAAUACUCAAAAGGUAUACACAAAAUUGCAGAGUGGGCUGACUGUGUCACAGUACAUUCUUUGCCAGGAGAAGGCAUUUUAAAAGCAAUAAAUAAUUCAUGUGAUAAUGGUAUCGGUAGCCGAGGUGUGUUUCUGUUGGCAGAAAUGAGUAGCGAGGGAAAUUUAAUAACAACCGAGUACACGGCACAAACUGUGAAAAUGGCUUCAAAAUAUCCAAAUGUAUUAACAGGCUUUGUCUGUCAGACUAAAGAAUCAUUUAACGAUCCGCGAUAUAUUCAACUGACACCAGGAGUGCAGUUUGAAUGUUCAAAGGAUGAACUCGGUCAAGUGUACAACACUCCUGAGAAAGUAAUUCUGGAGAAAGGUGCAGAUGUAGUCGUCGUCGGUAGGGGUAUUGUGACUGCCAAGAAUCCAGAAGCGCAGGCGGUUCUUUACAAAAAUGUGUUAUGGAGUAAUUAUUUGAGAAGAGUUUCUGGCAAAAUAGAAUAA